GUAGUACUAAGUUUUUCGCACGAAAAAAUAUUUUCGAACGAAAUUUUUUCGCUGUGGAAAAUUGACAGUGGAGAUUUGUGACAGUGACAGUGGAGAUUUUCAAUUUUAAAGAAAAUAGCAGUGUUCCACAAAAUACAAAAAAUGUUUAUCGAUUCAGACUCUGAUUCUGAUUUGGAAGAUGCUAUUUUGUUAUAUAGUGCAGUGCUUGCCGAAUCUAUCAAAAAACAAAAAAAGAAAAGGCAAAAUAAAAGCAUUUAUUUGAAGAAGCGACAAAAAAGUGGCAGGUUUGCAAGAGAUUUUCAGGAUUUAAUUAAAGAUCCCAUAAGAUUCUGUGAAAAUUUUCACAUGGACGUGAAAACUUUUCAGCGGAUCCUAUCGAUGGUGACACCUUAUUUGAAGCCCAAGAAAAUGACUCGGCCAACAGAUGGAAUAUCUCCGAAUCAAAAGUUGGCGGCAGUGUUAGAGUACUUCGCUUGCGGAAGUCUGCAAAGGCACAUCGCUUCUGUGUAUAGGAUAAGUAAGCAACAUUUUGGUAAAAUAAUUGAUGAGGUUUCGAUUGCCCUCAUAUCAGCAUUAAAUGAAUACAUUCCACCAUAUGAUGCCAACGUCAUGAUUAAUGCUGCAAAUGACUUCAACUACCAAUGGAGUUUUCCAAAUUGUGUUGGAUCAAUUGAUGGAAAACAUAUUGCCAUUAAAUGUCCUCCCAAAGCUGGUAGUAUGUUUUUCAAUUACAAGGGUUACCAUAGUAUUGUUCUUUUGGGUGUCGCCGAUGCCAAAUAUAAAUUUUCGUACAUUGAUGUCGGAGCUUAUGGAAGCGAAGGAGACGCAGGUGUUUUUUCGAGCAGUAAAUUGGGAAAAGCAAUGGUAAACGAAUCACUUCCAUUUCCACCAGACGCUAAAAUACAUGAUAAACGAUUGCCGUUCUUUUUCGUCGGAGAUGAUGCAUUCCCACUUGGAAAGCGGUUAAUAAAACCAUACGUUCCGAAACGCAAUCAAAUGUUAGAACCAGAAAAAACAAUUUUUAAUUAUCGGGUAAGCCGUGCCAGACGCUGCGUUGAAAAUGCAUUUGGAAUUCUUUGCUCCAGAUGGUACUGCCUCGCUAGAACAAUGUUUUGUUCACCGGAUCGUGCACAGAAGAUUGUUGCCGCUUGCUGUUAUCUUCAUAAUUUUCUCACUAGUCUAAAUCCAAGGGUUUAUUGUCCCACACGUUAUGCAGACUAUAUUGAUUCGAGCGGUAAUCUCAUUGAGGGCGAGUGGAGGAAUAAUAUACCAGCAAACUCGCUAUUUAGUUCAACAAUAAAUCCGACACAAGGACGACCAACUGAUAUCGGAAAAACUACUAGAGAUUCAUUAAAGGAAUUCGUAAAUUCGCCUGAGGGUUCAGUUCCUUGGCAAAAAAAAAUAACACAUCAAACGAAUAAAAAUUUGUAAAUUUUUUGUGAGAAUUACAUCAAAAAGUUGAUCGUACAAUAAAAGAUUACAUUUUUUCAAACACAAAUUUAUUUAUUUAUCAUGUAACACAUAUUCUAGUUGAUUCUAUAAAUUUCCGUUG